AUGGCCCCUACUUCUGUGGCCACAUGCAAUACCCUCUCGCCGAGGCGGUGUCCGCGAUGGAUGAGGUCAUCCGUAGCGCACUACCGGGACCAUGGCUUUAGCGGUAUGGACAAGACGGCUGCUAUGAUGGACCCACUUGGCUACUUUCGCAAUGGAACCGAGGCCGAGAGGAUAGGCGGUACUAUGGCAGGCAUGUUUACCCUCCCGAUCGCGGUCAACCGUGGUGGUGAGGCUAUCUCAAGCAUCGGUUACGAUUCCAAGGUGCUGAGGAACCGCAACUACCCGUGCAGUGGAAGCCAAGCUUGCCGCACUCAGGAUGGGAACCACCUCGUCCCUCGCGGUAUUACCACGGCUGCGGAUGGCAGCUCGGCUUCUCAAGAAGAGAGAAUUGCGAAGCUAGAAGCCGAACUCGCCGCUUUGAAGAAAGGUGAAUCGCUCGAUACCGACAACGAGACCAUCUGGGUAACUGGCAACGACUAUCAGUGCGGCUUAGAACCCUAG